CGCCUUGGUACAUCCUUCCCACAUCCCUUCUGUCCUUCAAGCAGGCAUCAUGGAAGUCUUUGUGCGCAAUGUUCCCUUCACGGUAUCCGAAGAGGACCUCCGAAUCCAUCUAGCGCACAAAAUCCACAUACCACCGAUUCAAAAUUCUGACUCCCCACCGUUGAACUUUGGGGUGGAGCUUUUCCGGAAGGGAAGAUCGAAUGUGCACCGUGGCAUUGGUCUUGUAGCAUUCCCGGAUGCCAACUCGGCCCGCGUAUUCCUGCAGCUAUACAGCGUCAUAAGCAUAGACGGAAGACGAGUCUAUUUUCAGCCUUCCAAAAAUCCCAUCAAUGAAGCCCGAGUACGCUCCGUUGCUUCACGCCCUUGGGUCGACCCUGUAUCUGUGCGCCUCGAACGAGAGAGACUUCAAGACAUUGCGCGCGCUUCUCCAUUGAUCACCAUUGAGCUCGGGCGCAUCUGCCGCAAGGGCGUUUUCGCAACGGAACUCACCGUUCGGGGCUGCGUUGUAUGCGAUCCUGACUUACGCAGGCUCAGGAUCGAUGUUGAUCCAGACCCGAAUGAGAAUGAGGACUUCGUCGGACCGACAUCAAAGGACGUAUCUUUCUGGUACCGUGCUUCCAACAUCAAGACCAUCUUGUCAUCAGACAAUGGAUGUGAUAUCUAUAUCCAAUCAUCUCUUGCUGCGACCUUUCAAGUAGAAACGGUGCACGACGUUUACGGCUCGUCGGUACCUGCAGAACGGCUCUCCUCGCUAUGUACCGAUGAUCAACUCGCACCAUUGAUUUCCCAAGGAUUGUGUCUACAUUUUGACACCUCACUUGACAAACAUCAAUUUUUGCAACGUUGCGAAGCGAUACACAUACCUCAUCCCAUUCAUCGUUCAAUAACCCGAGUUCUGCGACAGAAAGGAUAUAGUGAAAAGCAACUAAACGCUUUACAAGCCGAGCUCCGUUCUUUGUCAUUCCCUCUUGCAUUUGAAGUUGAAAAGGCAUACUGGGCAGGGCUUCUGGAAGCUUCAGAGCUCUUGGGUCUUUGUAGUGCGCUGCACGAAUUAGAGGCGCACCAUGACAAUCUCACCGCCGCUUCCGCAUUUCGCCAAUUCACUUCUGUGCUGAAUGUUCCCAGUCUUCAGGACGCCAUGCAUACUCGACUAAAUACGGUACCACAUACACCUACUUCAUCUCAGGUACCCGGCAGGCAGCAGGCGCCAAAUCCAACAUCGUCACAGUCAAGUUCGAAAUCGAGUAGGAAACGUCGAAACCGCAGGACUCGUAAACGGCAGUUGGCCGCAACUGCCCCAGAAAAAGCGGAACAAGAUCUUACAGGUCUCCUCCAUGAAGCACUUGAGGCCUACAUAGCGGAAGCCAGAGCGCCAAAGCGGCGCUUUGCCCCCUCUCCUGCAAUAUACCAGUCGUAUCAUCUCAUAGUCACGCCCACGACACAGUUUUUGGAGGGCCCCCUCCCAGAUCAGUCCAACAGCGUUUUACGACGCUACAACAAGAAUGAAGCAUUUCUUCGCGUAUCAUUCCAGGACGAGGACAGAGGGAAGCCUCGCCGUGAACAGUCGCUCUCGAUAGAUCGGCUCUUAGUGUGUCGUUACCGUCCCGUCCUUACUAGUGGAGUGGUAGUUGCAGGCCGGAAGUUUGACUUCCUUGGUUACUCAAUGAGCGGACUGAAGGAUUAUUCUUUUGCCUUUGUGACGCCAUUCACAUUCGAAGGUAAUCGUGUUACUGCAGAUAUCAUUCGUGGACAACUAGGUGAUUUUACCAAGGUCGCUUCUCGCCCCGCCUUGUUGGGUGCUCGUUGGGGCCAGAUGUUCUCGACCUCAUUGCCGUCCGUAGAAAUCUCCCCCGAGAUGAUCACAAAUAUUCCGGACCGAACUGCCGGCUCUAGUAUCAAUGCCCUUUUCACUGACGGUUGUUCGACAAUCUCGCACGACCUCAUGACAAUUGUGAAGGAAAAGGUCGUACGACGCGCCAGAUUUGCCCCAUCAGCCCUCCAGUUCCGGCUCGGUGGAGCAAAAGGCGUCUUAUUUAUGGACCCCACCUUGACAGGCGAGAAGUUGACGAUCCGUCCGUCGCAGACGAAAUUUGAGUCUGAAAACAUUCGCAGCCUAGACGUCACGACCACAUCUGCAAAACCCAUCCUCUGUUAUCUUAACCGGCCAAUGAUUGCCCUCCUGGAGCACCACAAAGUUCCACUCAAGAGUUUUAAGGAUCUACAGGACCGAGCUAUCUAUGAAGUACGUCAGACCAAGAAAUCUCUGGACGCCGCCGCUACCACAUUUACCCACCAUGGUCUCGGCGGCUCCUUCCACUUAGAUUCUCUCUUCCGUAAUAUGGCAAGGAUGUUACAGGUGGAACUAUCUGAGGAUCUUGACUCGGAAUCAGGAGUACACUACGGCUUACUGAAGACAGUCAUCGCAUACGGUGUCACUCAUAUCUUGAGGGAAAUCAAGCAUCGUGGACGGAUCCGCAUACCUGGGUCAUACACUUUAAUUGGCGUAUCGGACGAAUGGGACUGCCUUGAGGAAGGCCAAGUGUAUGCUACGAUAUUUGAUCCACGCACAAACGAACGUAUAGUCGUUGAAGGUCGAAUUCUCGUCACACGUAGCCCUCAAAUUCAUCCUGGAGACGUUCAGUUUGCUACUGCGGUGCGAAGGCCGGAAUUGAGUCAUUUGACGAACGUGAUCGUCUUUUCAUGCAGAGGAAGUAGAAGUUUACCGUCUUGCCUUGGAGGAGGUGAUCUCGACGGCGAUAUAUAUAAUAUCAUUCUAGAUGAAACUCUACACCCACCCAAAGAAUUCACAGCGAAACCUGGCACAUACAAACCGCUGCCUCCUGAUAUCAGAAGCAAUAUCUGUGGUAAAGCGGAAGUCGCAGAGUUUGUUAUCAACUAUAUUAAAUCUGAUCUCCUCGGAUACAUUUCGACACUCCACUUGAGAAUUUCUGAUCUCAAAGGUGUCGAUUGUGAUGAGUGUCUGCUUCUAGCAGAGAAGGCUUCACAUGCUGUCGACUUCCCCAAGGUCGGAACUCCUGUCAAAUUUUCAGACCUUCCCCUACCCGCCGACCGGCGUCGACGACCUGAUUACCUGUCCGGUGAGGGAGUCAACCCCGGCGAUGGACCAGGGUAUUACCCUAGCAAUAAGAUCCUCGGUAUACUCUAUCGCAGCGUACCUGUGGAUGAGUACCAUCCGCGUAAAGAUGAAGCAGAAUUCGUCGAUCACGACUUGUUGGAUGAUUUACUACAACCGCACCUUCGCGUGGCGUACGACUUGAGCAUGGAUCCCGACGAAGAUGAUCUCGAAGAAAUGCGUCAUAUUUUGGACGAAUAUUGCCAGCAGUUGUUGGUGAUAGCCAAAGCGCAUACCGUCUCGAAACUGUCGGCUGCACAUCUUUCUGAAGCUGAACUUGUCUGUGGGUGUAUCAUGGAACGUUACACCGAUCACAGGAAGCGCAGAGAGAUGACGGCGUCCAUGAACCUUCAGACGCAUGAGCUGACACGGGCGAUACGACAAGAAUUUCUCCCUCCUCCAGAAGACGACGAGGACGAAGAAUAUGAUGAGGAUGACUAUGAGGAUGAUUUUUCGGACAUUAUCUCAAACUUUGAGCUCGAACGGGACAUUCAGCGGCUUUGUAUGAAAUUCAAUCGUGCUCGGGCGGGUUGGGUGGCAGCGCAAGAGGCAUUAGCUGAUGCGCAGGAGGAGGGUACACGAUCGUUCGGACCCCAGAGCUUUGGCGUUGUUGCUUUGGGAGUCAUGUUAGAUGUAUUGAAGGAGCUGAAGAAGCCACGUACUCGGUAUUGAUUGUACUCGUUACUAAUGUCGUAUGUUGUAUUAUACUUCGAGUAUUCCGAUGUUCUUUUUUU